UUCAGUUGUUGCAAUAAGCCACAACCGGACGCACUUAUCAAACUCGUCGAGUACAAACAUAAUGAGUCAGCCGCGUUUCACCACAAUUUAUUAUUAUUCUGUACAUCCGAUGCCUGCUGCUUAGAUUGACGAAAAAUCCGUUUCAUUGAAUUUUAUCAGUGAUAUCCGAUAAUUUUGUUAUCAUCGAUUACGUAUCUACAGUUAUCAGCGAGCGGCCUUUUAUGUAUCGCAUCACAGAUGGACACUCAGUUCAGUAAAACUGACUAAUACAUACUUACGUAUUUGUAAAAAAGUUUGUGAGGUAUAUUGAAGUUAUCAUGGAAAGUAAGUGUCAAAGCAAAGAACCCACCACCAUUGACGCACAUGCACCUAAUACAUCAGAGUACCCCGCAGGACCCCCUCCGUACUCAGGAUAUCCUCCAGGUCCGCCGCCGGUCCAGGUCACACAUGUAGUCACCCCUGGGGCCGUAAUAAUACAGCAGACUGUCGGACCAGAUCUCACGCACACUACUUGCCGGUCUUGCCACCAAAAUAUAGUCACAAGGGUUGAGCGCAAAGCGUCGACGCGGACACACAUUUUCGCGGGUCUCCUUUGCUUGUUUGGUUGCUGGUGUUGUGUAUGCUGCCCUUACUGUAUGGACUCCUGCCUUAACACUGAUCACUACUGCACAAAUUGUGGAGCGUUUGUCGGAACCUACAUUAGAUAGACUUAUUAUAUAAAAUCUAGUGAUAAAUAAUUAAAUAAAAGAACAGAGGCAAAGAAUAUAUUUUAUGGGUAUUUAAAGACAACAUAUUAAGCGAUUUGCCUCAUCCUUUGUAAUGCGGACUGCAAAGGAGUGGAAUGCGCUCCCAGCAUCGGUGUUCCCAGAGAAAUACGACCUCGGUCUCUUUAAACGUAGAGUGAAUAGGCUAUUACUGAAUCGGUGAGCUCCAUCUUAGACUCUGUCUUCACUUCCCAUCAGGUGUGACUAGGGUCAAUCGCCGAUCAGUCCAUAAUAAAAAAAAAAAAAAUGUUUUAUGCCCGCAAGUUGUUUCAUAAUUUUAACGUAAUUAGUACAUUCUAUCUA